AUGGAAUGCACUGUGACUCCCUUGAAGGAAGAACGCCACUCAGCAUUUUACAUCGAUAGGAUUCUGGAUUUGGAUCAGGAAAACCCUGGGAAGAGUCCGAAACUACACCGACCCUGGACAGAAUUUGAAGCAGAGAGGGGGGACAGAGAGAAAGGUUUCUGCUGCAAGCAAAAUAUUUCUUAUCAAGCUCCGCUGCAGAACCGAACUGGACCCAAACUAAGCUGGUAUACUGGACGACGGCCACGCACAGCCUUCAGCAGCAGCCAGGUGAAUGCUCUGGAGACGGUGUUCCGAGUCGACUGCUAUCCAGGGAUCCAGCUGAGGGAGCAGCUGGUGGGGAGGCUGGACCUGGACGAGGACCGAAUCCAGAUCUGGUUCCAGAACAGACGAGCAAAACUGAGGCGUUCACUCAGAGAGACCCGUCUGCAGCUGGUUCAGACGGCCAUGGUGGAGCUGAAAAUGAGGCCGGAGACUGGAGACCGCCAAGAGGAGCCGUCACGUCACCUUCCUCCUCACUGUGAUGCAGAGGAUGAGUGA